GAGAGACAUUUGUCUCUGCACCUCGAGACUCUCUUUUCGUCUUCUUUCUCUGACGCGCUUUCUCCGGGCCGUCGAAGAUUCCUUCUUGGAUCAAAGAGAGAAUCUCUGUGAGAGAUACAGAGGAAGCCAAAUCCUUUGAUCUCGAAAACAGAGAAUUCUCUUCUAGAGAGAUGCAAACCAUCUCGAAAGCUUCAUCUGCUACCUCCUUCUUCCGAUGUUCUAGGAAGCUAACAAGUCAGCCAUGUGUGAGGCAGCUUCACAUCCGAAAGGGUCUUGUCAGUAGAGUCAUGAAGCUUGUCUCUUCGCCUCUCCGCGGUGCUGGCAAAUCUAUUCGAGUCUCCAGUUUCUGCAGUGUCUCCUCCAGUAUCUCCUCAUUGCAGAUUGAGAUGGUGCCUUGUCUUAAAGACAACUAUGCCUACAUUUUGCAUGACGAGGAUACUGGUACUGUUGGGGUCGUUGACCCUUCUGAAGCUGAACCUGUGAUUGAUUCUUUGCAGAGGAGUGGUAGGAACCUAACGUAUAUAUUGAAUACACAUCAUCAUUAUGAUCAUACUGGUGGCAACUUGGAAUUGAAAGACAGGUACGGUGCAAAGGUGAUUGGCUCAGCUUUAGAUAGAGACCGGAUACCUGGGGUUGAUAUAGCCUUGAAGGAUGGUGACAAGUGGAUGUUUGCUGGUCAUGAAGUCCAUGUUAUGGAUACUCCUGGCCACACAAAAGGCCAUAUCAGCUUAUACUUUCCAGGAUCACGAGCUAUCUUCUCUGGGGACACCUUGUUUAGCUUAUCUUGUGGUAAACUCUUUGAAGGCACCCCUAAGCAGAUGCUUGCUUCUCUCAAAAAAAUCAUUUCUUUACCAGAUGACACAAGCAUAUACUGUGGUCAUGAAUACACACUGAGUAAUUCCAAGUUUGCAUUGUCUAUAGAGCCAAACAACGAAGUACUUCGGUCUUAUGCAGCUCAUGUUGCAGAGCUCCGUAAAAAGAAAUUGCCUACGAUUCCGACAACACUGAAGAUGGAGAAAGCUUGUAACCCAUUCCUCCGCAGUUCGAAUACAGAUAUUCGUCAGGCUUUAGGUAUUUCAGAGACUGCAGAUGAAGCAGAAGCUUUGGCUAUUAUCCGAGAAGCAAAGGAUAAUUUCAAAGUUUAGGCUUUUUCUUCUGAGGCAAUUCUUUGGUUUCAACAAGAAAACAAGAACAAAGACACAGAGAGAAAGAAAAAUGUUUACUUUGAUUGACGAUUUUUCAUCAACACUGGAAUUAGGUUUUGGUUGACGAUUUUUCUCGAGAAUAUUUACCCUUUCAUGUUUCUUGUUUUUGAGAUUUUCAUGCGAAUUAUGAAACAAAUUAAAUGUUCUA